CGGCUCUGAGUUCCGUCAACUGAAUGAAGUCCGUCACCUCGAUAUGUUUGAGACAUAGGAUUAUUUUUAAUAGCGUAGUACACACUCGCAAUGUCAUUCAGUAGCGGUGAUAAUUCCAGUGCUGUGUUUAGUAAUAACUGAUAAAUGGUAACCACAGAAGCAUGUAUUUGCCCUCCAUGUUCGACGUUUGGAAGGUGGAAUGUUUCAGCUGGUUCUCAGUUUCCCCUCGGGCCCAUGAGAUGAGCACCGGGGAGGCGGGUAACAUGGCGGCGGUGAGAGAGCUCUGGUCUUUCACUAACCGGAGUCUGGCUGUCAGGAGCCGCUGUCAUCUCCCCCUCGGGCUUGGUGUGGUGUCCCAUCAUCUCCGCACUUUCUCCAUCUCCAGCGUUUUAAACCAGGCCGAAAAGGAGCAGGAACUGCAGAAAAAUCCUUUCUAUAACAAGUAUAAGACCAAGAUCGAGGAGCUGCGGAGGAUAAAACCAGAUGAAUAUGAGGCUUGUAUGGCAAAGAAAGAAGAAGUUAAGAAGCAGCCAUUGGGACAUUCAAAGCAGGGUGAAUUUAUCAGACUCAUGGAAGAAAAGUCAAAAAGACUGGGUGAAAGAGCCACUGGAAAGAAAAUUGGUUUCAGUAAGGACAAGACCCUUCAGUCCAUCCUAAAUCUGGAUAUGAUGAAAGAAAAGACUGCAGAUGAAAUCGGACUGAUUUGGAAUCAGUAUUUUGCCCUGAAGAAUACCAUCUCUGCCGUAAUUCCUGGUCCAACAUUUGAUCUGAUGCACAGCAGAUCUCAGCAAUGCCCCACUUUCUUGUAUGCUUUGCCAAGACAAACAGGUUAUGAGUUCUUUGUGGGUCAGUGGUCUGCGACUGAACUUCAUUUUUCCUCUUUAAUUAAUAUUCAGACUUUGGGGGAAAAUUCACCAAGCCAGCUUAUAAUCUAUCAUUACCCAAAUCUGCAGAAGGAGAAGGGUAUUGUACUACUUACUGCAGAAAUAGACACAACAUUUCUGAAUGUACAAGAGGCACAGUGUCUAGCAAAUGAAGCACAAUUCUUUUAUGCCACGGAUUGCGAAAAGAUCUUCAAUCUGGUGGAGACAUUUAAUCAUAAACCCAAUGAUUUCAAACACAUGUCAGUCAUAGCUGAGAUUGAGCAAUGUGGAAUGGGAGGAACUUUGAGAAACCAGAGUGCAGAGACGUAACUUUGAAGAAGAGGAUGAGACAUAAAUGCAUAUAAUUUUGAUAUGGACCCAAACAGAUUGGCACUGACACUGUAUAUUGCUGCUUUUGCUCAUCAGUUUUUGUGAACAACAUUAUCUGGAACAACAUGAUCCUUCCAGCAACCAAAGAUCUCAUCCCCAUUACCCACGAGUGGCAACUCCUCAUUGAAAUGCAUAAAGUUUAGAACCUUGAAUGUGGUGAAGUAAUGGUUGAUAUUAAAGUUCCAUAAUACACAGCAAGAGAAGUGUUAACGAUGAAGUUUUUCAAUUUUCUGAAAACCUUAAUGCAUAAGAAAUGGGAACAGGAAUGAACUAUAUGCCUCCUUGACCUUUCUCAGCCAUUUAAUAAGACUGGAUGAUCUGAAACCUAAUUUCCACUUGUGUACCUAAUUCACAUAGUUGUUGAUCCAAAAAUCUUAGCAUUACCUAUACUCAAUAACUUGAAUAUCAACAGUCCCUGAUUGGAGAAUUUGUUAGCUUCUUAACCUGCUGAGGAAGACAUUCUCUUCAUCAUAGUCCAAAUGGUCGUCUCCCUCUCCUCUGAAUUCCUAGCUAAGAAAGCAGCUUUUGGGCACCCAUUCUGUUAGACUUUUUCAUACCUUUUAAAUAUUUCAUUUUACAUUCUUCUAAUUUCCAGAGAACGUUGGCUCAUUCAGCACAGUAUUUCCUCAUUGAUCAAUCCUCUCAUCCCAGGAGUCAAUUUGGUGAACCUUCAUUUUCACCCCCUUAUUAGAAAAAUGUGUCUUUCCUCCUAACAUAGACUCAUAGAGAUGUACAGCAUGGAAACAGACCCUUCUGUCCAACCCAUCCAUGCCGACCAGAUAUCUAGUCCCACCAGCCAGCACCCGGCCCAUAUCCCUCACAUACCCAUCUAAAUGCCUUUUCAUGUUGCAAUUGUACCAGCCUCCACCACUUCCUCUGGCAACUCAUUCCAUAUGCGUACCACCCUCUGCAUGAAACAUUUGCCCCUUAGGUCUCUUUUAUAUCUUUCCUUUCUCACCUUAAACCUAUGCCCUCUAGUUCUGGACUCCCCAACCCCAGGGAAAAGACUUGGCCUAUUUACCCUAUCCAUGCCCCUCAUAAUUUUGUAAACCUCUAUAAGGUCACCCCUCCGAUGCUCCAGGGAAAACAGCCCCAGCCUGUUCAGCCUCUCCCUAUAGCUCAAAUGCUCCAACCCUGGCAACAUCCUUGUAAAUCUUUUCUGAACCCUUUCAAGUUUCACAACAUCUUUCUGAUAGGAAGGGGUCCAGAAUUGCACACAAUAUUCCAACAGUGGCCUAACCAAUGUCCUGUACAGCCGCAACAUGACCUCCCAACUCCUGUACUCAAUACUCUGACCAAUAAAGGAAAGCAUACCAAAAGCCGCCUUCGCUGUCCUAUCUACCUGCCAUUCCACAUUCAAGGAGCUCUGAACCUGCACUCCAAGGUCUCUGUUCAGCAACACUCUCUAGGACCUUACCAUUAAGUAUAUAAGCCCUGCUAAGAUUUGCUUUCCCAAAAUACGGCACCUUUAUUUAUCUGAAUUAAAAUCCAUCUGCCACUUCUCAGCCCAUUGGCCCAUCUGAUCAAGAUCCUGUUGUAAUCUGAGGUAACCUUCUUCACUGUCCACUACACCUCCAAUUUUGGUGUCAUCUGCAAACUUACUAACUGUAUGCAAUUUCAGCUAUAAUCUGACACAGCUAUAUACAGUUGCAGCAAAACUUCCUUCCUCUUGAUAAUCCAACCCUCUAGCAAUAAGAAUAAAACAUCAUUUGUUGCCUUAAUUGUUUGCUGCACCUGCAUGUUAACUUUUUGUUGUACAAGAAAACCCCAAUGCUGACAGUCAAUAGUUUCCCACUACAUAAAACAAAAAUCUUUCUAUUUCUACAAAACCUUGCAUUUCCCCAUAUUGUACUCAAUCUGCCAGAUUCUUACUCAUUCACUUAUCUAACCAUACCCUUUGCAUAUUCUUUGUGACUUCCUUGUGGCCUACUUUCCCACCUAGCUUUGUAUUGUCAGGAGGCUUGAAUAUGUUAUACAUGGUCUUUCAUCUAAAUCAUUAUUAAACAAAGAUUUGCAUUUAAAUAGCAACCCCAGGCAUUCACAUGGAUUGUAAGAACCUGAGUCCACAGCAUUGAUCCUUUCAGCACCCACUAGUAAUCUGCAAAUCUGAAAAUAUUUAUUCCUCAACUCUUUUCAGCUUUCAGCUCUUUGUGUAUUCUUUGGGUACGUCUUAAAUAUAUUUAAAAUUUCUGCUUUAAAGACAUAGUUACCUUGUAAUUUAAUGCUAGGAAAUCUGCUAAAGUGCACUGGAAGUGACUUUCCUGUGAUAAAACAUUCAGUUCAACAUCUCAAUUGAGGAAUUGCAAACACAAACUACACUCCUUCCAUUUGAUGGUACUAGGUAUUUAUGAAGCACUUAUUGACUUCUAGCUCCUUACUUUGACGAGAGUUUUGAAUGAAUAGAGAAAAAUUAACCAUAUGUUUUACUAAUUAUUAUAUGGAUUAUUAUAAAUCCAUUGGACAUGUGCUUUGUUUGUGUGUUUGAUUUGAGUUUAGCAUAUUGGUAUGCAUAUUGUGAAUGUCAAAUUGUUCCUUUGAACAUCCUGUGAGGAGAAAGUGAGGACUGCAGAUGCUGGAGAUCAGAGUCGAGAAUUAGGAUGAAGUGCUUAUGCCCAAAACGUUGAUUCUCCUGCUCCUCAGAUACUACCUGACCAGCUGUGCUUUUCCAGCAUCACACUUUCGACUCUGAACAUCCUGUAUGUCAGAUUCAUUCUAAACUAGGCUUCUCAGAUGAAAGGACACUUGUAAAUUGCCGUGGCAGUCAUUUUCCAAACCAUUUCAGAGAUGCGCUGAAAUUACCUUGAGCUAAUUCGAGUAGAAGAUAAUGAAGACAUUUUAUUUUGAAUAGUUCCAAAUAAGUGCAGAUAUUUUUACAACCUAAUAAAGUGCAAUUUAUGACAGCUUUUGCAGUCAAAGUGAGGUGUCAAAUUAUUCUGGGUAUUGCAAGAUCUAGUUGUGAAGGAUGAUGAACAAAUAAGCAACUGAUCAACACUAUUAAUAAUGUGAACCCUCAGCCAGAUGCAUUUCAGCAAUUGGCAAAUUGCUGUUGAUCAAUUACCUUUACUAUCACAAAGAAGAGCAGCAGAUGCAUGAGAAUGCCACCAUCCUAAAUAUUACCCCUUGAGAAUCACAUCAUGCUGAGAUGGGAACAGAAUUGUCCCUUUGCGGUUACUGGUUCAAAAGCCUGGAAGUCCAUUUCUAAUAGCACUAGAUGUACUUAAACUACUUAAGACUAAGUGGUAUAAGAAGAUAGCUCACAAUCACCUCAAGACAACUACGAAUGAACCAAAAUGCCAUUCUGGGCAGCAACACUCAUUUAAUUGCAAAGUAAAAAUAGAAAUCAUAAUAUUUCAAAUUUGCAUCUGAAAACUUCCUUUGGUUCAGAUGUUCUUUUCCUAUUUUAACAUUGUUUAAUGUGAAUUCUGUUUGUUCAUACUG